GCCGCCUGUAUAUUUUUGUGAAAUAUUCUCGGAUUCAAUAAACUGAUUUACGCGUGUUAUUUUGCACCGGAAUCCUUUUUUGUUUUACAUUAAAGUGAUCAUUCAUAUUUCCAACAAUUAUGAAUGACAAACAUCAAAAUGGAUUAUCUAGAGAAGAAAUUGCAAAGCAAUUUGUGCUACCGGAAAGAAAGAGUAAAAUCGCAACUCUCUUGAAACAAGAUGGACAAGAAUAUUGUAUUUGCCGCAGUUCCGAUAGUUCUCGAUUUAUGAUUGGCUGCGAUGCUUGCGAAGAAUGGUAUCACGGCGAUUGCAUAAAUAUAACAGAAAAGGAGGCAAAAUAUAUCAAACAAUUCUUCUGUGUCCGUUGUAAAGAAGAAGACCCGACCCUCGUCACUCAGUACAAACCAAAACGUUCCGACCGAGAAGAUAGAAAACACAAGAAACAUCGAGAAAAAGAGCGCGCUCAUCGCCACGAAACUAUAACAGAUUGGGACGCACCCGUCGUCAAAAAGUCUUCAAAACGUUGCGGCGAAUGCACCGGAUGUCUUCGUACUGAAAACUGCGGAAAGUGCGACGCCUGCAGACACCUGAAAAAAUUCGGCCCAUCCGUAAGAUUAAAGCUGCGCUGCGUCCAGAAAACGUGUCGCAUAUCUGGUGAUCCUCUGAAACUGAAAAGCCUGAGCAAAAGUUCGAAACCGAGCCGAAAACGAAGACGAGACUCAAGUAAUGAAAGAAUCGAGCAUCUAGAUCCGCCAAUUCACUGUUACGGUCCAGCCUGUGCGAAACAGUCGCGUCUCGGCAGCAAAUACUGUUCAGACGAGUGCGGAAUGAAACUCGCGACGAACCGAAUUUACCAGGUUCUUCCGCAAAGACUCCAGGAAUGGGCGAUGACGCCCUGCAUAGCCGAGCAAAAUAAUAGAAGAGCUCUUGAGUCGGUGAGAAGACAGCAGCAUGACGUUAGGCGAAUUUUACAGGAAUUGGACAAGAGACACGCGGAAUUGGAUCAUAUUGUCGAGAGAGCAAAGCUUUUGACCAUCGAUCCCAAGGCUGAAGUUGAUGAAAAUGAUGACAUGGAGAUGAGCACCUACUGCAUCACUUGUGGACAUGAAAUCAGUUCGAAAAAUGCGAUUAAGCACAUGGAAAAGUGUUUUAAUAAGUACGAAUCCCAAGAAUCUUUUGGGUCAAGCUUCAAAACGAGAAUCGAGGGCCAGGUGAUGUUCUGCGACUUUUACAACUCCGUGAACGGCACAUACUGUAAAAGACUUCGAGUACUCUGUCCCGAGCACUGCAAGGAUCCAAAAAUCACCGACACCGAAAUCUGCGGUUGUCCUCUCGUGACGAACGUCUUUGACGUCACCGGAGAAAUUUGUCGAGCUCCGAAAAAAAGCUGCGUCAAGCACCACGUCUGGGAGAAAUUGCGUCGAGCUGAAAUCGAUAUGGAGAGGGUAAGACAGUGGCUGAAAAUUGACGAGUUGAUUGAACAGGAAAGACAGAUCCGAUCGAAUAUGGCCUCGAGGGCUGGAGUUCUUGCUUUGAUGCUUCAUUCUACAUAUAAUCACGAACUCAUGGAACAAAUGACGCAGGAGCAGAGCCUGAAUCACAUGGAAGCGAUGGAGGAGGAACUCCGAAGAGGCUACGUGGAUGAAUGAAAUUUAAAUUUAUUUUUUAUUUAAAAGUGCCGUCAAUAUAAUUUAAGAGUUUAUUGUAAAUUUAUGUAACUUUAAGCAAUUUCUCGGUGUGGAGGCACCUUUAAUUGGGUGUGGUGCCUUCACACGGAAAACUAUUAUACUUUGAAAUUUUAUUUAACAAAAGGUGGAAUAGAAUA